CAUCCGUAGCAGCCCACCGGUAGAGCCUCCGGUGUUUGGCCGGCAAAUCCACGUGAAAGGGAAGAGAGCUGCGCGAGCAUGCUGCGGGCACUAGCCAAUCAGCUCCGAGCAGCACUGAGGAGCUAUAAAAGCCAUGAGCAUCUUCGUUAUCAACAUUCAAACAGUAGCGGAGAGAAAGAAGCAAACCGGAACGGAAUUACUUUUAUUCAUCUGUAUCCUAACAUCUACAGACCUACUAUAUUUUCGAGGCAUUUCAUGGGAAUAUUUUUCAUAGUCUACGCACUACAGUUUACGCCUGAUUUUAAAGUCCUGUGUUGGAUUUUGCUCAUCCCGAAAUCAUCCUUCGGAUGUUAUUUGUCAUCCAAAAACUUAUUAAAAAGUAUUUGGCAAAAAUGCGUCUGAUCCAGAACAUGUCGACCAUCGCGGAGUGCGCGGCACAGGAGUUUCCAUCAACUCGCGUCAUGAAAAUAGCCGUGAUUGGAGGCAGUGGAGUUGGGAAAACAGCUCUGGUUGUGAGAUUCCUGACAAAGCGUUUCAUUGGGGAUUACGAGCGAAAUGCUGGUAAUCUCUACUCCAGAGAGGUUCAGGUGGACGGGCAGCAAGUGGCUAUCCAGGUCCAAGACACUCCGGGUGUUGAUGUGACCAGCAACAGCCUCAGCCUCCCAGAUCAUGUGACAUGCUCCAUCCAAUGGGCAGAUGCCGUGGUCCUGGUCUACUCUGUGACGGACCGGCACAGCUUCGAUCUGAUUGGUCCGCUGCACCAGCAGGUGGCUCGCGUUGGCGGGCCCGACGGGCCGCCCGUCAUUGUGCUGGCCAAUAAGAUGGACCUGCUGCACCUGCGGAGCGUGGAGGCUCAACAGGGCCCCCUGCUGGCCGCGGGGCUGGGCUGUGUCAGCUACGAGGUGUCGGCCAGCGAGGACUACAGCCAGGUGCAUAGCGCCUUCCACCUGCUGUGCAGCCAGCUGGUCAAGCGUCCUCCCCCCAGCCCCACGGGGCCUCCAGGGACCCCGGCGCCAGAGAAACGGCGCUCCCCCCCCCUCUUCCCCAGACCCAAGUCCCCCAACAUGCAGGACCUGAAGAGGCGCUUCAAGCAGGCGCUCUCCGCCAAGGUGCGCACCGCCACUUCGGUGUGAGGCCCUGCCCCCCCACUGCCCCAGGCAAGGGGCAUGGUAUCACUUUAGCGUCUCUGACGUCUUCGAGAAGAGAGAAAGGAAGAGGAGAAGGGGCAGAUGAGAAGUCUGUUCCCGUUAUUUGAGGCCCCUGCCCGUUCUGGGCGGGGCCAGUGCUGAGCUCCUCAGAAAUGUGUGUGUGUGUGGGGAGAGGGGUGAACUUUGACCUCCGACCUGCGUUGAGCUGCGUUCGGGGAGGGGGCAGACGCCUGUCUGGGAGGCGGGGGUCUGCCCCCCGAGCCCCCUCUCUCCCGCGAGCCCCCACAAACACUGGAGCAGCCCAGAGAGGAGGGCAGCCCAGGCACACAAAACAAGCACCCGUUCUGAGCCUUGGUACUGGUACCCUAGCAACAGCAGCUCUGAAGGACACAUUAGUGUUAGCUGCUGGGUGAGUUAGUGCUAGGUCAGACACAGUACUGGGUGCUGUGUUGAUGUGAGACACGCACACAUGCACACUCUCCUAAUCCUAAUCUGCACAUGCAGAUACACACAGACCCUGUUGGCAUCAUGGUGAUGUGCAGAGGUCGGACUGGCAGACAAACACCUGGGCAGAAGGCUGGACUGGAGUUGGACAGUAGAGCGAUGGAACACGGUGUCCUGUACAUCCAGAACCAUCGCCAUGGUAGCAAACUAUGAGAAGAGGGGGAUAACAUAGUAGCAUAUUUGUUCACUGUUAUUUGUGUUUUGCUUGCAAAAUAAAAACCAUUUUAAUGGGAUUUCAC